AUGAAUCGCCUGCCUCCCGAGAUCGUCGACGCCAUUCUGCUGCAAUGCGUCGAAGCAGGCCCCAAGAACUCCAUCCUCGACCUUCGCCUCGUGUGUCGAGCUUUUGACCGGAUCCUUAAGCCUUACGCAUGCCGUACCCUCGAGCUUGAAUUCUCGCGCCUUAGCAAGACCAGCCGGCUUGGCCGACCUCGGACCGAUGCUUUGCAGACGGUUGGGUAUCACUGCAAGAGCCUCUACAUCGACUUGAUGGUUCUUCGCGAUGAAAUGGAAGUCGACUUUCUAAACACAGUCUUUGCUCGCGUUCCUUGGAUGAUGGACUUUUGCCAAUCCCUCCAAAACCUCUACUGCAUGGGCGAGAUGUCGUUUACCGAGCAGGAAUACUACGAUGCUAUCGAGGCCCUACUCUUCAACUGCCGUGAGGUUGAGCGGCUGCGACUGAGCCUACCAUUUCAACUGGUCGGCCGACACUGUAACGCCGCAACCAUCAUCCUUGCCAAUACCUUCAAGGCGUUGGCUUCGCGCCCAGAAGAAGAUUCGGCUUCUAUGAAGGUCUUGGUACUGGAGAAUGUCACCGACAUCGCUGUAUGCCAUCUCUGGAUGAACCCUAGCGAUGUGAUGAAUAUCAUGCGCACCGUGGCCGUGUUGGAGCACCUAGUGAUUGCCCUCCGUCGGCACGAAACGGAUCCGCCGCGUGUGAGCAUGUUUGGGUCGUGCUUCUGGAACAUUAUUGAGCAUGCACAGCACCUGGUAACCUUGUGCAUAAUUGGCAUGGAGCAUGACGAUAGACCACCUCGAGGACUGAAGCAGACGAGGUUCUAUCAAAUGCCCGUUGAUGAGUGGAGAGCACGUGUGCUGCCGCCUCCCCGUAUCAUGCUUGAAAAUCUGACUAGUCUGGAGCUGAAGCGAGUGGAAAUCUCUCCAGACGUGUUUCAACGGUUCGCUGAAGCAUUUGGAGCCCUCAUGGAGGAGCUGUACCUCAACGAAGUGUACCUGAAGACGGAGCAAUCGCGCGACUGGAACGAGAACUCUAAAAAAGUUCUGUGGGUUGGCAUCGCUAAUCAGCGACCCGAAGAGGAUGACAGCUGGAUGGCCAUGAUGCUGCGUUGCACCAUGCCUAAUCUGCGCAUCUGCCGAGCGUCGUUCCUCGCCUACGACCUCUAUAUCAGGGAAGACGUUAAUACCACUCCAGAAUUUGACCUCGUUGACCCUUGUGGCCUCGCUCGCAGCCUCUCCCAGCGUUUUGUUGAAGUUGUCAUGGGAAUUUGCCAGCCUCCCACACCGUCUGGAGAGCCUGUUGAAUACCUGCCUCAAGACUCGAGAGAAGAUUACCUCCUCCACCGAGUCACAGACAGACCGGGGGUUGUGCGAGUGACAGACUAUGAUACCAACGCGUAUCAGACUGCCGUGGAAAACACCACGUCAGGAUGGCAGAAGAGCAUCGAUGGCGUCUUUACAAACUGUAAUCCGAAUACUCUCGAUGAGCUGCAUUAUAUUGCUGAGACGGCGUGUCAGGGUAUGAAUGAGAUUCACAGGCGCCGCAAUGAGUGGACGGCCGGGAAUAGCCUGGCGAAUGAGUAUACCCAUAAUCUGUUGACAGGGGUGGAUGAUCCGUCUGCCCAGCUGGAGUUUUUGACUGAAGACCAGCCCUCUAAUGAUAGAUAG